AUGCCGGCUGUUUUCCAGAAGAUCUCGAAGGAGCAAUGGGAAGAGUACAAGCCGAUUAUCAAGCGCCUGCAUAUGGAUCAGGGUCUUCCUGUGAAAAGCAAGAUUGGCAGACCAAACUUGACCCAAGUGAUGAAACAUGACCACAAUUUCGAUGCCACCCAUAGCCAGUACGAAGCCCAGCUGAAGAGGUGGGGAUGGGUCAAGAACCUGAGCAAAGAGGAGUGGAACCUGGUUCUGCCUUUAUACCAUUGGUUGAAGGAUCAACAGAUGGAUGUUCGGGUCAAAGUCUCUGGUAGGCCUCUAGAAAAGGCUAGGCUUGAGAGGGGUCGUCGAUAUGUCAAGACAAUAUUCGAUGGUAGUCUCGUCCCGCCACCAACUGACUGGCUUUCAAUGUCGGACCACCACCAUAUAACUAUCGAGACGCGCGAAGCGAAUAGAGAAUGGUCACAGUACCCACCGCGAGACCACACAGGAGACAUGCCAGAGAUUGGCUUAGCUCCACAUGUGAAUCUCUUAAUUGAUCAACUCAUGUUGCAAGACAUGCCGCCACAGGAGAAUAUUAUGGGAUUUGAAAACGGAACGCUUGUUCAAGCUACCCUUAAUGUUUCAGAGACAGCCGGAGCAUUUCCUGUUCCCAUGGUCGAUUCAUGGUUCAGUACCCGCCAAGCGCCCAUUCCUGCCUCCUCAGUAGUGAAGCUGCUCAAAAAUGAACCGCGCGUGUACUCGACGAUGCAUAAACUUCUUCUGGAUGCCCCGGCUCUUGUUGCGAAGCCCUUCGCUGAGAAUCUACUAAAAGCAUCUGUGGAAGCUGCCGACGCGGAAGCUGUGCAAGUGAUCGCGGGAACCAUGAAGCAGAGAGGGAUCAAGAUCAAUCCAAAUGAACUUAUGUGCGAGUGCGAUGGAAGGUUUCUCUCCCUGGCAGAGUGUGCGGGGAAACUUCGAAGCGUUGAGCUGCUUCAAGUCCUCUUGAGACUCGGCGCAGACCCAAAUAAGACGUUUGAAAAUAAGACGGAUAACAUUUAUGGCGCAUUGGAGUGGGCACUGGAUGUCAGUCAUGUGAAAGGGGUAAUUUUGGAAGGCGAAAUCGAACCGUCUUUCUCUCUUGUCCAAAUGCUUGUCGAGGCUGGUGCCAAAGUCGAAGCAAGUUUACUUGGGCAUUCAGCGGAAUGGUGCCGCGACUCGCAAAUUCUGGCGUUGAUGCUCCAAAGAAUCACGGAUGAUCAGCAUAGCGAGCUCUUAAAAGUUCUGCCGGGCUUGAUUGAAGACCUCGACAACGAUCUAGGCCAACAGGCGACACAGAAACUUUUCCAAAUCUGGAAAGGACACGGCUGUCAAUGUGGCAGUAGCGUUUGUCAAGACCCUGUACGCAUCAAGAACUAUCUUCAAAAAUCACUCAAGGAAGCAAUAAAUCGCCAAAAUUUUGAACUUUGCCAGCUAAUUCUCAGUCGCACCGAUCCAGAGCCCGGUGCGUUCGUUCGGGCAAUCAGGGGAGGGAAUCGUAGAAUGGCCAACCUUCUAAUCCAACACGGAGCAUGUGUGAGCGAGGGUACCGAUAGAGCAGUCCUAACCGGUCGCUCAGCUGGAUUUACCACUCUGGCCAAAUUCCUCUCACCAUUAGGGGAGGCCAUCCGACUGCAGGAUCCGUCUAUACUACAAUGGAUGGAAGAGCAAGGGGCAUGGGCCUUUGUCUCGGACGAAAGAUAUCUCGAGUCCGUAGCCGAAGCUGCCGCCGAUGUCGGGAAUGUGGCUGUGCUGGAGCGGUUGUUUGCCAUGGAUGUCGUCCGUGACCGUGACUCAAGCCCGAAUUUCCAGGACGCGCUGGAGGCUGCGACUCGCAAAGAGAACAUCCCGAUUGUGAAGCUGUUGCUGGACAACGGCGCCAGACCCCAUGGAACGAUGCUAGAGCAUGCCCUUGAAGCUAAGAAUGGAGAACUCGUUCGGAUGAUUCUAGACAACGGCAUCCUAUUUCCCUCUGACGGUGCGACAAAUGACUCCACUUCUCGCAAGUACAGCUGCGCAUUGGAACGUGCGAUUGAAUGGGGGAACAUUAAAAUAAUUGAGGAGCUCAUUCACGCAAAAGCCCACUACAGUAUCCCGAAGCAAGGGCAACGGGGACUAUGCGCUGCCAUCAAAUCAGGAAACGCCGUGUUGGUCGAUCUGCUGUUAUCAGCUGGUGUUAGUCUUGAUGCUCAGUACAACUUCCAUGAGUCUUCGAUCAGCAAUGUAGUGCACCGCAUAUCGCCCCUGUCGACGGCAGUGAGUAGUGGAAACGAGAAAAUGGCAAGCCAUUUACUUCGGAAAGGCGCAGACCCAGCUGAUGCCAUCGCCCUGAGCCUCGCCAUCGGACUAGAUAAGACAUCUUUAUUCAGAACGCUGCUUACAGCCUUUCAACAGUCAUAUCCCGUUGGACGUUCGGAUUUCGGGGCCGAACCAUUGAUUAGAGCGAUAAAAAAGGAGGGGCGACCAUAUGUCGAAGAGCUUCUUGAGGCCAAGAUGAAUGUCAACCAUUUGUCCCAAAGGCACGGGCGUACGCCACUUGGCAGCGCUGUCGAGCGCCAUGGCACUGCCUCUCUGGAAGUUGUUGCCAAGCUGCUGGAAUCCGGGGCUGAUCCUAAUGCUAUCGCACGCGUGGACCAAGGACGGAACCGUAACCUUGAUCACUGGGAGUCACCAAAGACCGCACUACUCAUAGCGAUUGAAGCUGGAAAUGAAGCCAUGGUAGAACUCCUCUUGAAGAGUGGUGCUGACGUGAACAAGGAAGCCCAGCGAGGUAUAACGCGAACGCCACUACAAAGUGCCUGUCAGCGAAGAAGCCUGCCGAUUGUUCAGCUCCUACUUAGAUGGGGUGCAGACGUUAACGCCCCAGCAUCUAGCCGAAACGGAGGCACAGCUCUACAGCUUGCUUGCUUGUCUGGCAGUAUAAAAAUCGUCCGGCUUCUUUUAUCUAUUGAUGCUAAUCUUUUUGGCCCAACUUCUGCUGCCAACGGGCGAUCAGCCCUUGAGAAUGCGGCAGAGAACGGGCGUUUGGAUGUCAUCAAGGUUCUCUGGGACGCAACAGGAGGCUGCGGAUUCCCAGCCAGGGAGGUGGCAAGGGCCCAGCGUUUUGCAAGGGCCAGAGGCUUCCCGGGUUGCGCAGACUACGUCGCCAAACUGGCAGAAGCCUCUUUGCUUGAUUUUUCGAUGACAAUCGUGCCCUAA